AUGGGGACUAAAUUGUCCGUUUCGAUCGAGGGCACCACGAAACCCGAGAUUGCACCGCGAGUCGAUCGUCCGCCCACAUUUGAUCCUCAAGCUGGUUUUGCAAAGCCAAGAAAGGUUAGAGAGAUGAAGGUGUCAUGGGAGGAAAUGAACCAAUAUAAUUUAAAGCCAGGUCAACGGGAUUACUGCGCGCAUUUACUGAUCCCACUUAUUAAGUGUCAGAAAGAAAACGCUCCUUUCGCAGGACAUUUAUGCGAUACACAGCGAGUCGCAUGGGACAAGUGCGAAUAUGAGGACUAUAUCAUGCGUAUCAAGGAAUUCGAACGUGAACGUCGUCUCUUGAUGCGAAAACAACGCAAAGAAGCAAUGGCCGCCGCUUAG